GUAACUAUAUUCGAUUCCCUUCACAUAGUAUAAUAUUAAUAUACAUAAAAUCAAACAUCUAUAAAUCCCCACUAGACCUCUCUCACUAUUUAUCCAUCUUAAUUAAAAUGGAGAGUGGUAAUGCAUCAAUGGAAAAUAAUGUUAAUGAUAUUGGGCUUAUUAAUUUCUUGGACGAGGAUAAUUUUGAACAAUUCAUUGAGCUUAUUAGGGGUGAAACUGCUGACCCUAUUGUAAAGUUUUGCCCAAACUAUGAUUGUGAACAUAUCACAGGUUGUUUUUCCGCUGCCAAUGCCCAAUUUGAGCCAACAUCCAUGGAUUUCUAUGAUACAACCUUGCCUGAUCCUAUUUCCCUAUAUACUUCGUUUCCUGGUGAAAUCAAGCUCGAUGAUGAUGAUGAUGAAGAAGAAGAGGAAGAUUGUGAUGAAUCUUCUGGCACAACGGCUACCACCAAAAUGACUCCAACAACCAAAGGCACGAGGACUGACCGGUCGAGAACUUUGAUUUCCGAGCGCAAAAGGAGAGGAAGAAUGAAGGAAAAGCUUUACGCUUUGCGAUCCUUAGUUCCUAAUAUCACAAAGAUGGAUAAAGCCUCCAUCAUAGGAGAUGCAAUAUUAUACGUACAAGGACUGCAAACGAAAGCCAAGAAACUAAAAGUAGAAAUAGCAGAGUUUGAGUCAUCAAUUAAUCAAAGUGGACUAUUUCAAAACGCCAAGAAAACGAAUUUCACAAGCUAUUAUCCAGCAAUCAAGAGGAUAACAAAGAUGGACAUUAAUCAAGUAGAAGAAAAAGGAUUUUACGUGAGAUUAAUUUGCAACAAAGGGCGACAAAUUGCAGCUUCUCUUUUCAAAGCUCUUGAGUCUCUCACUGGAUUCAAUGUUCAAACUUCCAACCUGGCUACUUCUACCAAUGAUUACAUUUUCACCUUCACUCUUAAUGUGAGAGAAUGUCAUGAGGUGGACAUAAACUUUGGUAAUUUGAAGCUAUGGAUAGCUAGUGCUUUUCUUAAUCAAGGGUUUGACUUCGAGACAUCUCCAUUGGUCUAAUGUCACGUCAUU